AUGAGUGGUGGUGUUACUUUAUUGUUACUGCUCAUUGUUUGUUUUUUAAUUUCAUCAUCCUUAGCAACAAAUGUUACCUAUGAUGGGAGAGCAAUUAUCAUUAAUGGAGAAAGACGAGUUCUCAUCUCAGGUUCAAUUCAUUAUCCACGCAGCACUCCUGACAUGUGGCCAGGCCUCAUUCAAAAAGCAAAGGAAGGAGGACUCGAUGCCAUUGAGACAUAUAUCUUUUGGAAUGCUCAUGAGCCUACCAAAAGAGAGUACAAUUUUAAUGAAAACUUGGACUUUAUCAAGUUCAUCAAGAUUGUGCAAGAUGCAGGCCUUUUUGCAAUUCUUAGAAUCGGACCAUAUGUUUGUGCUGAAUGGAAUUAUGGUGGAUUUCCUGUGUGGCUACACCAAAUUCCAGGAGUUGAAAUGAGAACUGAUAAUGAAAUAUUUAAGGCUGAAAUGCAAAAUUUCACCACUUUGAUUGUUAACAUGGUCAAGAAUGAACGUCUCUUUGCAUCACAAGGUGGACCGAUCAUCAUAGCCCAAAUUGAAAAUGAGUAUGGCAAUAUCAUGGACAAGUAUGGAUCGGCUGGGAAACGAUAUAUCCAAUGGUGUGCAAACUUGGCAGAAACACUUAAUAUAGGUGUGCCAUGGAUAAUGUGCCAACAAGCGGAUGCCCCACCUCCUAUGAUAAACACUUGUAAUGGGUUCUAUUGUGACAAAUUUACACCAAAUCGUCCAACUAGCCCUAAAAUGUGGACAGAGAAUUGGACGGGAUGGUUUCAAGAUUGGGGGCAAAGUAAACCACAUAGGCCUGUCGAGGACAUAGCUUAUGCCGUUGCAAACUUUUUUGCAUCCGGAGGAACUUUGCAAAACUAUUAUAUGUAUCAUGGAGGAACAAACUUUGGUCGGACAUCGGGAGGCCCAUAUAUAGUAACGUCGUACGAUUAUGACGCUCCUCUAGAUGAAUAUGGGAAUAUAAGGCAACCCAAGUGGGGACACUUAGAGCAAUUGCAUAAUGCCAUAAAAGUAAUGGAAAAGGUUCUCGUAUAUGGAGUUGCCAAUACUACAAACUUAGGAGCUGGAUUAACAGUGACGAAAUACAUUGCAAAUGGGAUUAGUGAUGGUUGUUUUUUGAUAAAUGCUAAUCAAUCAACUGAUACCAACCUGACAUACAAUGGAAAGAUAUACUUUGUCCCUUCCAAAUCUAUCAGUGUCCUUCCUAAUUGUGAGAAAGAAGUGUAUAACACUGCUAAGGUGAAUGCUCCAACCACUUUAAUAGUCACAAAGCCUACUGAAUCAAUUUUCAAUUGGCAAUGGCGGCCUGAGACACUGACAACUAUUCAUGAAAAGGGAUCAUUUUCUAACAACUCUCUAUUAGAGCAGAUCCUGACUACUGGUGAUACUAGUGAUUUCCUAUGGUACAUGACUAGAAUUGAUUUGAACAAGUUCCGCCAAUAUUGGAGCAAGAAAAUGAAGCUUCAUGUUAAUACAAAAGGGCAUAUUAUUCAUGCUUUUGUUAACAAGCACUUUAUAGGUUCACAAUAUGCUGUGAAUGGAGUGUAUGAGUUUGUCUUUGAGCAUACAACAAAAAUGCGAAAAGGGCACAAUUACAUAGCCCUUCUUAGUUCUACAAACGGACUUGCGAAUUAUGGAGCAUAUUUUGAUUUACAAAGGGCCGGAAUUGAUGGUGGUCCAGUCAACCUUAUUGGAUACGGAAAUGCAACAAUCAACUUGACAUCAAACACAUGGACAUAUAAGAUUGGGUUGAAUGGAGAGGAUGAGAAAUUGUACUUGCCAUCACAACAACAUAGUAUCAAAUGGUUUUCUGGUCAUCUACCUAUUAAUAGACCGCUUAUAUGGUAUAAGACUAUAUUUGAGGUUCCUGAGGGAAAUGAUGCUUUGGUACUCGAUUUGCAAGGCAUGGGAAAAGGGUAUGCUUGGGUGAAUGGACAUAGCAUUGGUCGAUAUUGGCCAUCCUUCAUAGCUGAUGAUGAAGGAUGCGGACCUUGUGAUUACAGGCAUGAGUAUGACUCAAACAGAUGUAGAACUGAUUGUGGAAAGCCUUCUCAACGAUGGUACCAUGUUCCCAGAUACUUCACAAUCAAAGGGCCCAAUACAUUGAUCUUAUUUGAAGAAUUUGGAGGAGAUAUAUCCAAAAUAAGUCUCCAAAAAGUGUCGUCCGUUGCGACUACAUUUUGAGGCUUAUUUGCGACAGGAUAUUGUGAUGCUCUUGAUGCCAUGUCAAUAACACAUAAGGCAUGUACUUCCCAAGCUCGAUGCUCAAUCGAUUUACAAAGAGUGCUUUUAAAUUUAGUACGUGGAUGUAAUAAUCUUAGCAAAGGAGUAGUGGUGCAAGC